ACGCAUGACCUUUGACCCUGUAGGCUCCCACGUGGGUGAAUGGAGGGGAGAAGCAGCAACAUGCGGAGCCACGAACAGAAAGAGGAGAUGAAGAAAGAAGGGAUGAAGAAGGUCCAAGAGAAAACGAAGAAGAGGAGUAAGGAAGAAGAGGAAGAGGAAGAGAUCUUCAACCUCAAAGACAAGCCUGCCCUCGAGGGGGAGGAUGGGGAUCUGUCCGACAGCGAGGACAGUGUUUACUCAGGACUGGAGGACUCUGGGAGUGACAGUGAUGAUGAUGAUGAAGAAGAAGAUGAGUUGAUCCUGGACUCAGAGCAGACUCAGCAGACACCAGAGGGAAAGAAGAAGAAGAAGAAGAAGAAGAAGGAGGGAGGAGUGACAGAGGGAGAGAAGAAAGAAGAUGAGUACGAACACGACUCUUCAGACGAGGAGGACAUCAGGAACACUGUGGGGAACAUUCCCAUGGAGUGGUACAAAGACUUCCCUCACAUUGGCUAUGAUCUGGACGGGAAGAAGAUCCUCAAACCAAUCAGGAACAAGGACGAGCUCGAUGAAUUCUUGGACAAAAUGGAGAAUCCAGACUACUGGAGAACGGUCCAUGACAAACAGACAGGAAGUGACAUCGUCCUGUCAGACGAGCAGGUGGCGCUGGUUAACCGUCUGCAGAAAGGACAGUUCGGAGACGUCAACUUCAACGAGUACCAGCCCACGGUGGAGUUCUUCAGUAACGACGUGAUGAUUCAUCCCGUCACCAACAGACCUGCUGACAAACGCAGCUUCAUCCCCUCACUGAUCGAGAAGGAGAAGGUAUCUAAACUGGUCCAUGCGAUAAAGAUGGGCUGGAUCAAACCUCGACGGGUGCAGGACGACACUCGGGGUAAUUUCUACGACCUCUGGGCGAGUGAGGACACGUCCAUCCUGGCCAGACAUAGGAUGCACCUCCCCGCCCCCAAGAUCCCACUACCUGGUCACCAUGAGUCCUACAACCCCCCACCUGAGUACCUGUUCACCGAAGAGGAGCUCGCUCUGUGGGAACAGCAGGAUCCGUCAGACAGGAAGUGGCCAUUUGUUCCGAAGAGGUUCUCGAGCCUCCGGCAGGUCCCAGCGUUUCCUCGUUUCCUCCACGAGAGGUUUGAGCGCUGCCUCGACCUUUACCUGUGUCCCCGACAGAGGAAGAUGAGGGUGAACGUAAAUCCAGAGGAUUUGAUCCCAAAACUUCCCAAACCCAAAGACCUGCAGCCGUUCCCUACCACGCAGUCUCUGGUGUACCGGGGGCACAGCGGUCUGGUUCGCUCCAUCAGUGUGUCUCCAUCAGGACAGUGGCUUGCUUCAGGUUCUGAUGAUGCUUCUGUGAGAUUCUGGGAGGUGUGUUCAUCUCGCUGUCUGAAGACAAUCCAGGUGGGUGGAGCUGUGAAGAGCAUCACUUGGAACCCAAAUCCUUCUGUCUGCCUGCUGGCGGUCGCAGUGGACUCCGUGGUGUUGAUCCUGUCUCCCUCUCUGGCAGACAAACAGGUUGUGUCAUCAUCAGAGCGACUCCUCUCAGGUCCGCAGGAGGCGGGGUCAACAGAGGAGGCUGGCACUGUCACCUGGAGUGACACUGAGGGGGAGGAGCUAAACCAGGGGAUCCGCCUCAAAAUCCAACAUCCCAAAGCUGUCCACCAGGUAGCUUGGCAUGCUAAGGGCGACUACCUGGCGUCCGUGAUGCCGGAUCACUCGAGCCACCUGCAGGUGUUCAUCCACCAGCUGAGCAAGAGACGCAGUCAGAACCCCUUCAGGAAGAACAAAGGCCUGGUUCAGUGUGUAUCCUUCCACCCGGUUCGGCCCUACUUCUUUGUGGCCACGCAGCGCUCUGUUCGGAUCUACAACUUGGUCAAACAGGAAAUGACCAAAAAACUACAGGCAAACUCCAAGUGGAUCUCCAGCAUGGCCGUCCACCCUGGAGGUGAUCAUGUGAUCUGUGGAAGUUACGACUGUAGACUGAGCUGGUUUGAUCUCGACCUCUCCACCAAACCCUACAAGAUGUUACGACACCAUAAAAAGGCAGUGAGGGGUGUGGCCUAUCACAGAACUUACCCGUUGUUUGCGUCAGCGUCUGAUGAUGGAUCAGUGAUCGUCUGUCACGGGACUGUUUACAAUGACCUGCUGCAGAACCCGUUGAUCGUCCCGGUGAAGGUCCUCAGGGGUCAUGUGAUCACUCACGACCUUGGUGUUCUGGAUGUGACCUUCCACCCCACACAGCCCUGGGUCUUCUCCUCCGGUGCGGACGCGACCAUCCGUCUAUUUACCUAGCAACCGGCUCGACAACCCACCAGUAACCUGACCAGCAACCUAGCAACCUGCUCGACAACCCACCAGUAACCUGACCAGCAACCUAGCAACCUGCUCGACAACCAACCAGUAACCUCCCAGCAGCUCCCUGCCGAGGUUGCUUGGAUACAAGCUGUUGUAGAAACUUUGUUUUUGACUGUUUUCACUUUUAACCUCAAAACUAUUAUUGUCUUUGUCAUUAAUUAAACCCAAACUUUCUGA